GUGUAGGGUGGCAGAGGGGGCGGUCCGCUCCUUUGAGGGUGACACGAUUGUGAUAAUUAUAAUUGUUUCGAAAAAAAAUCUUUGAAACUUUAGAAUGAACGUCACCCGUCUUUGAAGUUCAUUCGAAUCUUUUCUGUGAUUGGUAUCAUUAUUUAGUAAACAAUAUCACUAUGGAAUUGUUUAUGUGAAGAAUCUUUUCAGUUUUUUUUAUUUUGGAUGGAAAAAGUUACUGAUUUGAGUAACGAAACCCCUCAUUAAAGGGGUACUCUAGUGUAGAGGCAGGAAUUUCGGGCGUUUUUUGAGCUCUGAACAAACGAAGCAAGGAAUAUUUUCGCUAUCCCCUUUUUCAUGACUAGUUUCUCUAUGUUUUAACAAUUGAACAAGAAAUAAACAGUGAAAAUAUUCAAAAUUAGAAUCGUUACAAGCUGGUGAAGUGAGUGGGCUCAAAGAAAGUUACGCCAUGGCGUAAAUGAUUCCAGCCCUUCUGGUUAUUUGAAACGAAAAAAUAGAACAGAUUAGUAAAGGUGCCGGUAUCAUAUCGUAUGAGCCUCAGCUAAGUGAAAAAUCAUUGAAAUGACUAUAACUUGGUAAACGAUGGAAUUUACGAAAAGUCCUUUCUGGGGUAAAUCUUGAAUGUCUAAACUUCAAGAAUAUAAAGGAAAAAAAUGCUGGUAAUGUUGCUUGUUGCUGAAAAGAGCAUUGAUCGUUUUCAUUAAGAAUUACAAAUUUAUUUAUUUGCAAAUUUUUACGACGAAGUUUCGAAAAGCAAGUAGUUACAAGAGAUUUCAAGGUUCCAUGGACAUUUAAAGACCGCUGGAAUUAACCUAGACGAUGCCAAUCAUUAGUGUACAUUGGAAGUAAUACAGUUCAUCAUGAAAUGAAACUUCUAAGGAACGCUAGUUUGAAGCUGUUACUACCGAUUUGCGUUUUCAUGGCAUCUAGUGGAAGAGGCUUAUCAAAGUUGAAAUUAAUUAAAAAUUAUUUGCGGCCAACGAUGGAACAUGGCAUGCUUAAAUGGAUUGGUUUUGUUGUCAACCGAAAGUAAAUUGACUAACUCUGUUGACUUUGACGAUGUGUUCAGACAAAUUGUUGCUGUUAAGUCGAGACGUGUAAUGAUUUUACAAUUUGUUGUUCGUGGUUUUUUCUGUUUUUAGUUCUUCAGCGCACUGUUUUGACAAGUUGCAAGUGUUCAUUGACAUUUCAUUAUUAAACUUACAAAUAAUUGACUUUUGUUAUCGAAAUCAAUGCUCUGUUAAAAAUGCUUCAGCGAUGAAUUACAUUUUUGGUUGAACGGAUACGUUGAUAAACAAAAUUGUCGUAUUUGGUCCCGAAUGCAUCCCGAAAAAUGUAUUGUAUGGUGCGGUUUGUGGUCCGGAGGAAUCGUUGGGCCGUACUUCUUUAAAGAUGAAGAUGAGAACAAUGUUGCUGACAAUAGUGAUCGCUAUUGUGCGGUGAUUUUCAAUUUCUGUCAAUUAAAAACCCGUUUUGUUAAUUAUUAAAUCACCCGUUUUAUUAAUAAUAAUUAACCUCAAAUUUAUAUUUCUUGGAUCAGUAAAUUUGAUUUUUCACCAGAGAAUGAAAACAAAGGCUUGAUAACAAAAUUUAAUUGGAGGGGUGACCCCAAGACACUCACCCCGUGUGUCACCUGGCCACGCCACGCCACUGGUCCACCGGAUUACAGUAUGCAAAAUUGCGAUCAAUUCGGGUAAUUCUGACUCGAUCGGAUUUCAGAAUUCGGGUGAGUAGUUGAUCAGUAGACGGAUUACCUCAGGGCGUAUUUCUUCCACAAACCAAACUAAAAACAUGCCUACGAGGUAAUCCCUUUCGUUUGUCAUUCGACCGAAUAUAUUCAGCACCUUGUGGGAUCGAAUAUGUGAAAUGCUUCAAAUAUGCUUAUUAAAGAUUCUAUUUUUUUGAUCACACAUGCUGUAAUGACACGGAAUUGCGUUUUGGCCUGUCAAUAGCAAAGGCUGUGUCGACAUUGCUCAUGAUAGAGUCUCGCAAGUGAAUAUAUUCCUCCUCACGGCGCUCCUGUUUAUUGUGUCGUAGGUAUCGCAAUAGUUUGUUCUCUACCUUCGCAUACAUGUCGACUAUGGAUUAUUAGUACAGUAAAACCUUUUUUUUUGUGCGUUUUUUUGUCCUUGUGCGAUUUUUUUGUGCGGUAUAUGAAAAGAAGCAUAUUUGACGAAGUUAUCGUCCAUUUAGUUUUUUUUCGAUGGUUCAUAUGCAUUUCAGUGCGAGAAAAGCAUAUUUGCGUCUCAAUUGUCCACUCCUGAAAUCAUUAUCCUCCUCCCAUAAAAUGCUCUAAGUUUUUGCAUGACAUGAUUUCUAACAGCAACACGUUUCGACAUGUAACUAAAAGCACAAAACAGCCACGAGCAACCGAAAAGGCAAACUGUCCCAUCGCAAAGCAGGGAAACAAAAGGUAAUUGAACGGUGAACGGCGUGGAUUUGAGUUAUUUUCUUGGGGGAAACUUUUUUUAUGCGGUCCCUAUCUACCGCACAAAAAAAGUUUUUUUUUAAAAUGUGUACCGAACACGAUUUUUUAAAGCUACUGGUGAAGUUUUACACGAUUUUUUAUGCAAUUUUUUUUAGCGGUCCCUAUCCCCCGCACAAAAAAAGGUUUGCCUGUACAGCUCACGGCAUCGUAGGAUGACGUUGUCCAGGUAAUGUCGAACGAUACACAUAAAAAUCCGUCGAGCUCUCCCCACUCUUUUGUUUGUUCCUCUCCUCUAAACGCAUGUAAAUAAAUAUUAUGUGGAGGGAUCUCGUUUUUUAAUGCUUAUGCUUGUUUCUUUGAACGGCUGAGGGGUUUUCCGUCAAAGAAUUUCCUUUUAUUUGCACUGUGGUCACACAUAUACUAAAGCUUGUCACUCAGAAUAUAUUCAAUGAGAGUUACUCGGCAUAGAAAUCUGAUAAAAAUAACGCAAGUGAUACUAAUACAUUCUUCUUCACAAUUUCUCAUGUCGCUAUACAGUCGUCUACCAUACUGCCCAUGUUUGUAUAGAAGACGUAAGCGACAAAACUAAAAAAAUCAGCUUUUUCGCCGUUUUGAAUUCUACGCAAUGUAAUACGUUUGCUCAACAUGCACUUGUUGCACUUUGCACUUAUUCGAAAACAUUUGAGCAAUUUUGAAAAAACGUUUCCGAAAAAUUACUGUUUGUCCGGAUAACAGACGUAGUUCCAUACAGCUUUCAUACAUCGUUCGAAAAUCAACAAUUAUAAGUAUUAUGCGUUAUAAGCUAAAUCUACAUUUGAAUCACAUUCUUUGUAGAGUCCAAACAUGCCUGUCACGAUUAUUUAGUGUUUCCUAAUAGAUGAAUAUAAGAAACCAUUGGAACACUGCUCAUAUAAUUGCUAUUUUCUGUACACUGCACUGCGAUGAACAUAGAGAAGCAAUUGUGUUUUUUAUUGUUAUAACUACCUAAAUUUCUGCAUUUGAACCUUCAAGUAGAUAAUGAAACAAUCAGAUCAAUAGUAAAAUAGAAUAAUAUUGAUUCUUAGCAUUAUAACUCCUCGGAUUCGACACCGAAUUAUUCCACAUACUCAGCAUUAUUCCUACCGUUGGUAUAAGUCACUCCACCAUCUUUAUGCGAUUGAUCGUGAUAUCGGUGAUUGCUAAAAUUACCAACAUCGCAGAUUUCCUUUACAAAUUCAAUUAAUUGAAACAACGCGAACUGGCUGUUCUUAUCAUAUCCCAGAGCAUUCAGGAGAAAAGUACUAUUCUAGAAUCGCAACAAAUCCAGAGCACCUUUUCCCGACAUUUCACUAAAUUUCGUUCAAACCUUUUUGAUUUUAUCCGAUAACAGCUAAAACUACCGACGGAGACGUUUUGACUAUUAUCGGAAAUGUAAAUACUAACGCUGCAGACAGAGCAACCUGGUGAUUAUGCCUAGCUAUGCAUUAAAAUUUGUAUGAAACCAACAUUAAAGGAUGGAAUAUAAUUGAUUUAUUUUAGAGCUAAGCUACGUAGAAGUGAAUGCGGAUGAAUCAAUUCUAUAUUGCAAGUAAAGAGUGACAUCUGUGUUGAUUUCCUAAAAUAGAAGCAACAAGUAUUAAUUUACCGAUGGCCUGACACAUUAACUAACAUCGCAAACUAAUUUAUCACUCCGAUGCGAACCUAAUCCUGAAGCUCUCCAUCCAUUAUUCCGCGAAGUGCCAUCCUUGACAUCAACAUUAAAGAUUAAUCAAUAAUGUUCAGUCUGUACCCCGUCGGUUUCACUGCAAUGGUCUCAGUGAUCUAUCGUUUCCAUUAUUACAGUAGUCGAGAUGCUUACGAAUCAUCAAAUUGCAACCAUUUUGUGGAAAACUACAUUUGUACCGAUUCAAAUACUAGGAUUCACUCCUCUAAUCUUCGACGCCAAUGAAAAAUGCUUCCGACGAACCAAAUGGCGUACCCUCACCACCUAUGUAUUCAGUAUAGUGGGUGUUGUGCUCCCAGUAAUCACGUACGGCAAAAUGUUGAAUAUGAUGUUUCUGGAGUCAUAUCUGAGCAAUUCGCUAGUGUUUUGUCAAAUCGCGUCGUGCUACCUGAUCGUUGCCUCGUCGUACAUCACAUCGGUGAUCAACAUGAACGAGAUAGAACACGUGCUCAAUACUUUCGUCAAACUUUACCGAGCAUUAGUAAGCGAACCCUGUCUCCUCGAUAGGCGGCUUUUGAAGAAGUUCCUGAACAAAGUAGUGAUCGUUGAUUUGAUUAUUUUCACAGUAUCGUAUGGUACUUAUUUACCGCAAACGAGCAAGAUGCAGUUUUUAUCGGCAGUGGCAUGGUUUUUGAAUGUUGUCUACACAUUGCCUUUAAUAAUAGUUUGCAACAUAGUCCAAGCUCUGGCCGUUCUAGCUUCAACACUCUACUGGAACGUGAACCAUCGGGUCAAGAAGGUGACCGAGCGUUUGGGUCAGCUUGACAAGGAUGAAUCGUACUGGAAACGAAAUGAGAAAGAGAAGAUGAUCAUUUGUGAAACAUUGAAUAGGGAAAUCAACAGCCUCUGCCAGUGGCAUCGUACGAUUAACGAAGCCGUUCAACGACUGACAGACGUGUUCGCAGUACCGAUAAUAUGUAUAAUGUUGUUUCAGUUUAUCAUCUCUCUAUCAGAGAUAUAUUACAACUACGGCAUGCUGAUGAAAGCCACUCAUGAACAUCAGGAACCGAACUACUAUCAAUUAGCAGGUGCUAUGUUUUUCGUUUUAUUGUGUGCAACUCAGGUCUAUUACACGGUUGCUUUUUGCGCACACAUGACGAAAAGGGCGGAAAAAACCGGCGCCUUGCUCAAUGAAUUUUUCCAAUCUGAUGUAGACGAGCGUGUUGAGUUGAGCGUAAAUAGCAGUAACUAUUAUUUAACAUUCGUGAUCACAGGAUUUUUGGUUGGUCCAUAUCUAGUUGGAGAUUCUCAUUUUUAGAAUGUAUCUUCAACCCAUAGCAUGGGAAACCUGCUGAGUCUUCCAAUCGAGUUUAAACCUUUGGUCACGAUUGUAUCAUUGAUAAGCAAAUGAUAUUUUUGUUCUUGUUCACAGAUUGAAAUAUUUUCACUAGAGAUGUUACAUCACAAUUAUAAGAUUGAUGUUUAUGGCCUCUACACCCUCGAUUUUACGCUGAUUUACUCGGUAAUACAGUUCUAAUGACUGUUUUACAAUUCUUCUCAGAUUGACUGUUGCGAUGUGUGGAAAAAUUCUGUUAUUCAAUUUAUUUUGAUAUUCAUUCUCCUAAUCUUCCUAUUUCUCCUAUUUUCAAUUUCAACCCAUUAUUGCGUUGACAUGCGAGAGAUUUAUGUACUGAGACAUUAUUCUUUGAAUGAGCUUUUUUUUGUUCACAGAAUCACCUAAAAUCUAUAGUGCGCCGAUUUGAAGAAAGUAUGUACUCAAAUUUUCAAUUUAUUGGAUGAAGUGUAUUUGAUGAUUGUUUAUCGUGUUUUUGAGAAGUUUUAGAUCACAACGCGUACACAAACAUUAUUUGUAUCACUAAU